AUGGAGGAUUUCCAGUGGAUCAAUUGGUUUUGUUCGGAACGUGGCAACGAAUUCCUUUGCGAGGUUGACACGGAAUAUAUUCGCGAUCGAUUUAACCUGACCGGCCUUCCCGAAACGGUGCCGCAUUAUCAUUUGGCCCUGGAAACGAUCCUCGACAGGUUACGGAGACGGAGACCAAAGAGCUGGCUGGUCCGAAGUUUGAUCGCGCCGCGGAGCUGCUGUACGGCUCUCAUUCAUGCCCGCUACAUUCUAACGAAUCAGGGCAUUACUCAGAUGACGGAAAGUAGCAAAGACCGCGAGUUCGGGAUCUGUCCACGCUGGCCUUUGCAGCAGUGCUCCGCUUAUGCCGAUCGGUCUUUCGGACACGCC